AUGGCCGCCCCCGCAGACGUCACUAUCAAGAACCUCAAUGGAGAGUGGACGAUGGAGAAAAACAUCUCUGACCCCUCCGACCCUAUUCUCGCAUUUCAAGGCGUUAGCUGGGUCACUCGCAAAGCUAUCUCAUACGCCACUGUCACCCUAAUUGUCAAGGAGUAUGCCGACUCGGAAGAUGCGAAGCUCAUGCACAUCGAUAUCGAUCAGGUCUUGACAGGAGGUCUCAAGGGCACUAGCGAGAAGCGCCACACCGAUUGGGCGGAGCGCGAGCACAAGGACCACAUUUUUGGCACCCUCAAGGGACGGUCGCGGCUGAUCCGCGGCUCCAAGGGCGAUGAUGGCAAAGUCCGGCCUGCCGUCGAUAUCAACACCAAGAUCGAUGACCCCAAAGUGAAGCAGUUCCUGCGGGGCGAAAUCCUUAUAGAUGGUAGCCCGUGCGAGGGUUUUCUCGUGGACAAUGAGGGUGAGGAGUAUGGUGAAGGCGAAGGUCUCUUCCUGCAGAGCUUCGUCGUUAACCAGGACGAUGGAGCUGGCUGGACCGCAGAACAGAUCUGGGGCUUUGAGACAAUCAACGGACAGCGUUACCACACUCGCCGUGUGGUUGUCGCCAAGGAUGGCGACUACAAGAUGGCUCGUCUUGCUUAUACCUAUGUCAAGAGGCUGGACGCGUAA